CUUGAUAAUAUUAGGUUUGUAUAUUUUGAAACAGGAUCAGAGUAGCUCGGUCACAUAUUCCCAUAUCUCCCAACUCUCUCUCCUCCCAAAAAAGAUAUGGUCCUGCUACACCUAGCUCCCCCUCUCCUUUGCGCAAAGUUGCACUGCCGUUGCGUGCGUCUCCCUUCCCCGGGCUAUCCAUCCAUCUAUCUACCUAAGCUUUGCUUCUCCCCUUUAUUUUCUCUCCCUUUCCUCUCGGUGCGCUUCCCUUCCUAGGCUUAGCUAUAGCUCAUCUCUCCUCUCCUCCACCUCGACCUUCUCUUGCUUUCCUCCACUUUUGUUGCUCUCAGCUUUUCGCCUUUUCACCAAUCCCCGCACCGCCACAGAUCGAGGGAGAGUGAGCUCUCGCGUGCCACGGCUCGAGGUGGUCGUGCGUGAUUUGAUCGAUAUCCAUGGCGCACGAUCCGAGCCUAGGGUACGCGGAUUACUUCGCGGCGGAGGUGGAUGGCACCGGCGCCACGGAGUUGUAUGGGUUGCAGCAGCAUCAGCAGGGGGUUGGGGUGGCGGAGAUGUUCGGGGUGAGGGGGCUCAUGCCGGCAGCGCACGCGCACGAGCAGAGCAAGGGUGUGGGCGCGCUCGUCGUCGGCGGCGGCGGCGUCGAUGAUGGAGGCGCGACGACGCUGCCGACGGUCCACUUCGGCGGGCUCGGCGAGCUGCACCACCACCAACACCGGCAGAGCCAGGCGCCGCUGUCCCUCUCGCUCCACAGGCCGGAGGCGGCCGCGACGUCGCUGCUGAUGCAGCAGCAGCAGCAGCACCUCCACCACCAGCCGUCGCCGCCGGCGGGCGCGGCGUCGACGUGGCAGCUGCAGCAGGGUGCGUGGCAUCUCCGCGGCUCAAGGUUCCUCCUCCCGACGCAGCAGCUCCUGCAGGAGUUCUGCAGCCUCCCCGUGAAGAGCACCACCAGCCCAUCAUCGGCAAGCAAGGCAACCAAACCGCCGCAAGAAGAGGCCGCCAGCGGCGGAGGCUCGUCGUCGUGGACCGCGCCGACGCAGAUCCAGUCCAUGGACGCGGCCGAGCUGCAGCGGCUCAAGGGCAAGCUCUACACCAUGCUCGAAGAGGUGGAUAGGAGGUACAGGAGGUACUGCGAGCAGAUGAGGGCGCUCGCGGCGUCGUUCGAGGCGGUGGCCGGGGAGAGGGCGGCGGCGUCGUACACGCGGCUGGCGUCGAGGACGAUCUCGAGGCACUUCCGGAGCCUGAGGGACGGGGUGGUGGCGCAGCUGCAGGCGGUGCGGAAGCAGCUCGGGGAGAAGGACACGGCGGUGCCCGGGAUGACCAAGGGCGAGACGCCCCGCCUCCGGGUGCUCGACCAGUGCCUCCGCCAGCACAAGGCCUACCAGGCCGGCAUGCUCGAGAGCCACCCAUGGCGCCCCCAGCGCGGCCUCCCCGAGCGCGCCGUCUCCAUCCUCCGUGCCUGGCUCUUCGAGCACUUCCUUCACCCGUACCCAAGCGACGUGGAUAAGCACAUCCUCGCGAGGCAGACCGGGCUAUCACGUAGUCAAGUGGCGAAUUGGUUCAUCAACGCGAGGGUGAGGCUGUGGAAGCCAAUGGUGGAGGAGAUGUACGCGGAGGAGAUGAAGGACGAGGAGGGCAGUGGACAGUCCACGCAGGCGAGCAACCCGCAGAACCCUAACCCUAGCAGCUACACGUCGGAGGUGCGCGGCGGCGGCGGCGGCGGCGAGGACCGCGGCGAGCAGAAGCCGUCGCGGGCGCAGCUGCUGCACGACGCCGGCUCGCUGGCCUCCGUCGUGAGCAUCGGGCACGGCGGCGCGGGACGGACGAUGGUCGAUCACCACCAUCACCAGAGCCUUAAUUUUGGCACGAUGGACCAGCUCGACUUCGACGCGUACGAGGCGGCCGGCGGCGGGCAGGGGUUCGGCGCCGGCGGCGGGGUGUCUCUGACGCUGGGGCUGCAGCAGCAGCACGCGGACCCGCACGACGGCGUGAACGUCGCGUUCGCCGCCGCCGCGGCGCCGCCCAAUUCGUCCGGUGUCGCCGCGGAGUACCUAUUCAUGGGCGGCGGCGAGCAUCAGCAGCAGCUGCCUCAAACCGCCCAGUUCGGCGCCGUCAUGGAAGGCGACGCCGCGUCGCACUACCGUGGCCUCAGCGCCACCGCCGCCGGGUUCCACCUCCUCCACGACCUCGCCGGGUGACCCGUCGCACAUCAAACAGGUGGUAGACCGAUCGACACGCGCGCCGUACGACGGAACCAAUUGCCGGCGACCCCUCCUGUACGCGCGUGCGUGCGUGCACAGGCCGAUCAAUGUCCAAUUUCGCGCAUGCUUGGGGGGUGGGGAUUAAUUGGGGGGGAGUUAGCUAGCUAGCUCUAGCUAGGUUGAUGUGAUUGACGGGGACGCGCCACCGGCAAAGCUCUCGCUCUCGCGCGCGGGCGCGCGGGCGACACCGGCAUUGGCGCGGCGAGAGAGGGGGGUGCGCGUUGUGUCCCUCUCCUGUACAAGUACGUAUACGCUGCUUUGGAUUUAUUUUUGUAGUAGCGAUUAGACAUCUCGUCGCUCGAUGGAAUUAAUUAAUUUUCUUGGCAGCGCGUCUCUGUCUACGUACGUA